AAAACGAAACUGAUUUACUGUAUAUUAAUAGGAGGAGAGAAACUGCAAAGAAACACUCAAGGGAAGGAUUCGUAAUUGAUAACUCCGUCAAGCCUUCGACACACCUUUGUGAUUCAUCUGGGUGUUUUUUCAGCUUCUCACUCCAUGGGUGCUGCGCUCUUCGGUCGACCCCCGAGCACAAUGGCUACAGCUGUGGACGUCUCUCGCCACCUUCAAUGCCCCAUCUGCAAGAACCUGCUGACAGACCCGGUCUCCACCACCUGCGGACACACCUUCUGCCAGGGCUGUCUGGACAAACACAUCAUCAUGUCGGAGCCGCAGUGCCCUCUCUGCCAGGAGCCCUUGAGCACCAAACCCUCCGUCAACAAAGCCAUCGAAGCCCUGCUGCAAGAGUUUCUCCAGAGCCAGCUCCCCAACAUGGAGCUCUUCUGCGGAGAACUGGACGCCGUUCCGUGCGACGUCUGCAGCGAACCCCUCACGUAUAAAGCCGUGAAGUCCUGCCUGAUCUGUCUGCUCUCCUUCUGCGACGAGCACCUGAAGCCUCACCGCUCGAUGGCGAGAUUCAAGGGCCAUAAGCUGGUGAGUCCUAUGGAGAAGCUGGAGCAGAGAGCGUGCAGUGAACACGGCAGACCUCUGGAGCUCUUCUGCAGACGUGACGAGCGCUGCAUCUGCGCCUUGUGUGUGGAGACGGGUGGAGAAGUGAUACCUCUGGAGACGGAGAGAGAGAGGAGAGAGAUCAUGCAGCAAAACACUAUUGAAGUGAUAGAAAGGAUGAUCAAACAGAAGGAGGACAAACUGCAGGAGCUUAAGGAAUCAGAUGCACAAUACCAGGCUCUGCUGGAGAAGGAGCAGCAGGAGAUCCAGGAGGUGUUUGCUGAGCUGAAGGAGGUGCUGAGGAGAACAGAGGAGGCGCUGCUGGCUCCUCUGGAGGACGGGAGGAGGUGCUUGGAGAAAGAGACGGACGAAAAGACACAACAAAUACAAAAAGACAUCCUCAAGUUCAAGGAGGCCAUCGAGUCUUUAAAACGCACUAAGGAUGAGGAAGAUGACAUCAUCUUCAUCCAGUCCUAUGUGGCCACGCCAGCUGAGUUACCAGAUGACUGGACGCUUUCCAUCGACACCGAGUUACAUUUUGGCACACUGAGAAACACAAAGGCAGAGUUAAUAAGUGAGAUCGAGACGCAUCUGGAGAAACUCUGCACUAUCGAAAUUAAUAGAAUUCGCAACUUCUCAGUGAACGUGACUCUGGACGCAGAGACGGCGCAUCCGCACUUAGAGGUGUCUGAAGACGGUAAAGAGGUGCGCGACACCGGCACGAGACACGACAUCCCGGGUGGCCCGCAGCGGUUCGACCUGGUCGGAGGAGUCCUGGGGAAACCUCGCAUCACUUCCGGAAGAGCCUUCUGGAUGGUGGAGGUGGGGAACAAGGUGGGCUGGGAGCUGGGGGUGAUGCGAGAGGGAGCGAACCGGAACGGCAGAGUGUCCUACAAACCAGACGAGGGUUACUGGGCCAUCUUGCUCUGCGGUCAAAGCAAGUAUGGAGCUUUUACAGACCCUCCAGUCCAGCUCCAGCUGGCGACCAAACCCCAGAAGCUGGGGGUGUUUGUGGACUUCGAGGAGGCUCUGGUCUCUUUCUAUGAUAUGGAGGCUCUGUCGCAUAUUUACACGUUCACUCGGUGCAGCUUCAACGAAGCCGUCCGUCCGUACUUCAACCCGCAUCCCAACAGAGACGGCCCGCUGGUCAUUUGUCCUGUCAAUCAAACCGACCGCUCUGUGUGACGCUAUCAGACAUGAUUCCCGUUUUGUUUUCUUCUUUAGUGUGAUUUACUCUGUUGUACUUUGUGUGGAUUAAAAAGCAAACGCAUUUUGAAGUAAAAAUGAUAUUAUAUAGCAUUUAGAAAUUAUAUAUAUAUAUAUUUUAAGAAUAUUUUAAUCAACAGGUUGCUGUCCUUCUAAAUGUGAUUUCUCUAAAUGUCCUUUUUAUUCUUUAUAGUAAUAUAAUGUUUCUAUUUUAUUUAAAAUGUUCAAUGCAUCUAUCUAUCUAUCUAUCUAUCUGUCUGUGACUAUUCAUACGAAUGUUAAUAAAAUUAUUAAACAACA